GAUUUAUUUAUUUCUUUCUUCAGAAUUUCUGCUGUUCUUACUAAAUCAAACUCUCCUGAAUUUGAUCGUUUUGGGUGAACUCUUCUCCCUGUCAUUUGUUGCAAAAUGGGAUUUUUUCCAAAUUUGAUAAAAACAUCAUAUAAUAUAUCAUUAUUUCUCCCUCAAAAUUUUAGAAGUAGAAUUCAGAAGCUCUCCCUUCUCAUCUCCUGUCUCCCUAAAUCAAAGAAAACUUCCAUUGUCCAAACAACGAAUUCCCAGUCCACGGUUCCUUCUGGGUUUAGGGUUUUGCAGCAUAUUUUGGCCUUUUCUUCUCCAGAGAUCCGAACCAUAAAAAUCCCAACUUCUCUUCAUGGCCUCCUCGUUCCUUCAACUGGUGUUCACUGUUGGUUCAGUUCUCAGGCCUCUACCGUACCCAGGACUUCUGAUGGCCUAACUGUCGCCGGUAUUGUCGCUGGUCAAUGGCCAAUACUUGAUGAGAACGAAGGAGAUUGGAAGAGCCAUGCAGCAGCCAUCGCUCAAUCAAUUCAGCUAAUUAAGAAGCGGUUACAGUGGAAGAAGAUGGUAGUUAGGUUGGAAAUGCUAUCCGUGGAGCUGAAUAAGGCUAACCUUUGGGAUGAUCCAGUUCAUGCUGGAAAGAUUAGCCGCGAGCAUGGAUCACUCAUGGGAAAGAUGAAAGAGGUGAAUGGAUUUGAGCGAGAAUUGCUCGAGCACAUUGAUAUGCUAAAGCUUGCACGAGAAGAGACCGAUGGAGAGCUGGAAUCGGAAUGCCUGAGAGCUUUACUAACGAUGAGGAGGAGUGUGAAGGAGAAAGAGCUUGAAGCUUUGUUAGCUGGGGAACAGGAUUCUUGUUCUUGCUUCAUAGAGGUUCAAGCAGGAGCUGGGGGUACAGAAAGCAUGGACUGGGCUGCCAUGGUCAUGAGCAUGUAUAAAUUGUGGGCUCAACGCCACAGAUACGGAGUCACUGUUGUGGAUGAGAUGCCCGGUGAGAUUGCAGGAAUUAAGCGUGCAACGAUCAAGGUUGAUGGUGAAUAUGCAUUUGGUUAUGCCAAAGCAGAAGUUGGGGUACACAGAUUGGUGCGAAUUUCACCUUUUGACAGUGGAAAGCGCCGGCAUACUUCUUUUGCUGCUGUAGCUGUAAUUCCCAUCUUGGCUGAUACUGUAUCUUAUUUUCAAAUUAAUGAAUCUGAUCUCCGCAUUGAGCGGUUCCGUGCCGGAGGAGCUGGUGGCCAGCAUGUUAACACAACCGAAAGUGCAGUCAGAAUAGUUCACAUUCCUACUGGAGUUACUGCCACCUGUCAAAAUGAAAGGUCACAACAUCAGAAUAAGGCUAUGGCAAUGUCUGUGCUUCAGUCUCGGUUAAACCAGCUCGAGAUGGCCCGUCAAGCGCAGUUGAAUGCUCAGCAUACACAGUCCCUCACUGAAAUUAGUUGGGGCAACCAGAUACGGACUUAUGUUCUCCAUCCCUAUCGCAUGGUCAAGGAUCUUCGAACAAAUUAUGAGGUCUCUGAUCCUGAUUCUGUUCUUGAAGGUGAUCUUGAUGGAUUCAUCUUGAGCUUCCUAUCUGCUUCUUUGGAUAAAAAUGAGGAUAACCGAUAAAGAGGUCCGAAUUCUCAAUAGUAUUCCUUUUGGGAAGUCCACCCAUGGUAGAUGCUUAAAUUUUGGUAUUUAGCACUCAAUACCAAUGGUGGGGCUCGGCAGUAG